GUCGAUCCCAAAGUUGCCCUUCCUCUACGCUCUCUCGUCCCGCAUUUAAUCGUAUAAUAUCUCUUAUUUUGCUUGGUCUUCGUCACUGGCGAUGUCGGCUGGUGUCCGCGUCCGCAGAGCGACAUCACCGCCUCCAAGUCUCAUUUCCACUGCGCCAAGAUUCCCCAACCUCAAGCACGACCACUUGGACGCAGAUGAACGGAGAGCGGCAGCCUCUCGGGGAUAUGGGCCUGGCCGCAAGGGUCAGGGACACGGGCACGCCCCUGGAGGAGUGAACCUCGCGCCGGCUGAAUGGAAGUUGCUUGGUGUCGUUGUGCUCAUUGCCUUCGGGGUUCGCCUGUUUCGCAUAUCUCAGCCGGACAGUGUCGUUUUCGACGAAGUUCACUUUGGCAAGUUCGCGUCAAGAUAUAUCCAUUCAUCUUAUUUCGUAGAUGUGCACCCACCGCUUGCCAAGCUGUUGAUAACCCUUGCGGGAUUCAUAUUCGGUUAUGACGGCAAUUUUGAUUUCAAGGACAUCGCAAAACCAUAUGAAAAUGUGCCGUAUGUCGCGAUGCGCCUUCUUCCCGCUUUGCUCGGUAUCUUCACGGUCCCACUAUCGUACCUGACACUUCGUGCCCUCGAUUGCCGGGCGACAACCGCACUUCUGGGUUCACUCUUCAUUACCUUCGAAAAUGGCAUGAUCACGCAGUCACGACACAUCCUCCUUGAUUCUCCCCUCAUCUUCUUCACCGCCCUGACUGUGUUCUUUUGGGUCGGCUUCUGCAACGAAGAUAAACGCGAGCCCUUCACCGAGAGUUGGUGGGUCUGGCUCGGUCUAACGGGUCUUUCACUGGGCGCCGUUGUUAGCUGCAAAUGGGUCGGUCUCUUCACCAUUGCCACAAUCGGUCUCGGAACGAUUAAGCAACUGUGGGAUCUACUUGGCGACCUGCGUGUCUCUCCGAGACUCUGGAUACGGCACUUCAUAGCUAGGGCCCUCUGUCUUAUUGCCUUGCCCAUUCUCUUCUACAUGUCGAUGUUCUGGAUCCACUUCGCUAUCUUGUCUAACUCUGGAGAAGGCGAUGGUUUCAUGAGCUCUGAGUUCCAACAUACGCUGCGCGGACGUGGGAUGCAGGACACCUAUGCCGAUGUGGCGUUUGGAUCUCAGGUCAGCCUUCGCCAUGUCAACACCCAGGGAGGUUAUCUGCACUCGCAUGCUCAUAAUUACCCCGGCGGAAGUCAGCAACAACAGAUCACUUUAUACCCACACCGUGACUCCAACAAUGACUGGCGCAUCGUCAAUGGCACCGAACAAGGAAACCCCUAUGCUGACUGGGAUGUUGAUCCUAUCCAAUAUGUUACCAUCGGAAGUCGCAUCAAGUUGCGCCACCUUACUACUGAGAAGUCCCUACACUCACACGACUACCGGCCACCGGUCUCGGAUGUCGACUUCCAGCAGGAAGUUUCUGGCUACGGCAUGCCUGGCUUUGUGGGUGACGCCAACGACGACUGGAUUGUUGAAAUUGUCAAAGGCGAUCCUAAGGAUCCCGAGUCCUGGAAACGGGUCAAGACGCUGAAAACUCAUUUCAGGCUGAGACAUGCUUUGACUGGAUGUCAUCUUUUCUCGCACAAGGUCAAGCUGCCAGACUGGGCAUACGAGCAACAGGAAGUCACCUGCAAUAAGAACGCUGUGAUGGCCAACUCGCUGUGGUACGUUGAGACCGCCGAGCAUCCUAACUUCCCAGAAGAUGCGCCGAAAGUCAACUACCGUAAGCCAGGCUUCCUUAAGAAGUUUCUCGAGCUACAGCAAGUUAUGUGGACCACAAACGCCGGUCUCACCGACCGGCAUACGUUCGACUCGAGGCCUGACUCCUGGCCUCGCCAGCGUCGCGGCAUUAACUUCUGGGUCAGGAAUAACCGCCAGAUCUACUUGUUGGGCAACCCCAUGAUUUGGUGGCUUAGUACUGCAUCGGUAUUCAGCUACAUCGCAGUUCGAGGCUUCUUGAUUCUGCGCGCGAAACGCGGAUGCCGUGACUUUGAAAACACAAAGGUGGUCAAAUACGACUCGCUCUGCGGCUUCUUAUUCCUCGGCUGGACACUGCACUACCUCCCAUUCUACCUGAUGGCACGCCAGUUGUUUUUGCACCAUUAUUUCCCCGCAUUGUACUUCGCGAUUUUGCUCGCGUGUGGCGUUUUUGACCUUGUCACUUCGACGCUCCGUCCACGCAUCCGCCUACAGAUCGCCGCUGUGCUGUUGAUCGUCGCGAUCUGGAACUAUGUUUACCUCAGCCCGAUCGUCUAUGGCAACCCAUGGACGAAAGCGAAGUGCAGGAGCGCACAGUGGCUCAAGACCUGGGACUUCUCUUGCAAUGAUUUCUUGGACUCCUAUUCACAAUAUAACACCAUCGGCGCCGCCACGCCUGCGCCGUCCACUGCGAUUCCCUCUGUGGGCGGACGAGGUGCUGUACAAGAUAUCCUCAACAACCACGUUGCUGCCGAGGUCGACACGACCGUCGUCGACUUCGGACAGGCCGAACCCGGGCGUGACAUCUUUGACAAGAAGGUCGAUGCGAAAAGCGAGGCGCAUACGGUGGCACUCGAGGAGUCGAAGGGUGAGGUUACAGCUGCCGAGCCAGAAAUGGACAGCCAGGAGGAUGAGGAGCCGAAGAGCGAGACUGCAGCUGCUGAACCGGAGAUGGGUAGCCAGGAGGACGAGGCAGAGCGGGCAAGGAAGGAGCUCUUCCCGGAUGAGGAUCGGGCAUGAACUCGGUACGAACGUGUAUGCGUCAAGAGAUUCCAUCGUAAUACUGUAUCGUGCCACUGCUCUUCACUAUCUAUUUAGGACUGUCGGACUCAGGGACUCGGAAACGCGGCUUGAUUGUGUUCAAU